CAUCAUCUCAAGUAAGAAAAUACCUGAAAUUUUACAACUUAUUGGAACUAGUGGUUUUAAUAGCGAUGGUAAAGUAGAUUGGAGAUAAAAUAGGGGAUUAAGGGGAGACGGUGGGAAAUAGUGGUAGAGAGCAAUCGUUCAUGGAGGCAAUAUCCACCAUUCAACAAUAUCUAAGUACUCAUUACAUUCAACAACAAUAGCAUAACGCAGUGUAAUGAAAGUUUAUUUUUCUAUACAGAGAAAUGGAUCGGCGUCUGUGCCUCAAUUUGGAGCAUGGGAGCAAAAUUCCGGGAAAAAUCAUAACUUUUCCAUGGUAUUCUCCCAAGCUCGUGCAAACAAGCAGCAGCAUAGACAAAACCUAGCACACCACAGCCCAGUAAACGAGCAAGAGAUGGCUGGCAAGCACCAAGAGGUCUCACCCAGGAAAAACAGUCCUACUCCAGCGCCUCAGGUUGGAGCAUGGGAUUCAAAGGCCAAGGGCAGUCCUGAUAAUUACAUGGUGUCCCCCAAAGCUUGUUCCAACAAGAAGACACAUAAACAUGAUAUGACACACCGAAGCCUAGGAAAUGAGCAAGAACUUGGCAAGCAUCAAGAGGUUUCGACAAUGAAAAAUAGCCCUGUGGCAGUGCCUCAGAAUGGAGCACGGGAUCAUAAGACUGGGAACAAUCCAAAUUACCCCAUGGUGUUUCCACAGGAUCAUGCCAAAAAGCAGCAGCAUAGACAUGGUUUAGCACGCCACAGCCUGGGAACUGAGCAAGAGCUUGGCAAGCACCGAGAUGCUUCACCUAUGAAAACUGGUUGGUUGUCUGUACCUCAAUUUGGAGAGUGGGAGCAAAAGACUCCGAGUGAGACCAAUUAUUCUGUGGUGUUCUCUCAAGCGCGCGCCAACAGGAAGAAGCACAAGAGUGAUUUAACUCACCGUAGCUAUGACUUUGAUCAGGAACUUCUACCCAGGGAGCGAGAGAAGUCUGCCACGAGGAAAAAGAAGAAGUUCCUAACCUACAUUAGUUGCUGUCUUCCUGUAUGAUGCAGUGGUUUUUAGUGUGAGCGAGGAGCCCCCUUUGUAGCAAUCUUGAACUGACUAUUUCUCCUGUAUUCAUAAAUGAAAGCAUGAGAGAGUUUUAUCAUUUUUCAUCAGAGUAUAUAUAUGCAUCCAAGCCUCUUGCUUGGAGUAAAAGAAACAAGAAAAUUUAGCAAUGUUAUAAUCAAAAGCUGUGAGAUUCUUGGUA